AUGACGGUAGUAUCACUUACCAUCAUGGCAACUUAUGGUAUGAUUGCUGCUCUUAUUUUCCCUGUAUUUGGAUACACACAGUAUAUCAAUUUCACUGUCGCAAGAGGACAUUAUUAUAUCACUAAAUUCUUUUGUGGUGUCGAGGUCGUCCCUGAAGGAUUGGAGCAUUUAGAGGAAAAGAGUCCUGUGAUCUUUGUAUGUAAUCAUCAAUCAAGCAUGGAUAUUAUGAUGUUUGGUGCAUUCUAUCCAAAGAAUACAUCCAUCGUUGCUAAAAAGGAGAUAAAAUAUUAUCCUUUCUUGGGGUGGUAUAUGCGUCUGUCGAAUGCUAUCUUUUUAGAUCGUAAGAAUAGAGAGAAUGCUAUUAAAGAAGCUCGUAAGGCAUCCGAGGAUAUUCGUCGAAAAGGAGUUAAUGUUUGGGUAUUCCCUGAAGGCACUCGUGGCCAUGAAUCUGAAGUCACUUUAUUACCGUUCAAGAAGGGUCCAUUCUAUAUGGCAGUUCAAGCCAAUGUACCUAUUGUUCCUGUAGUCAUUGCCAACUAUUCUCACUUGUAUAAUGCCAAAGAAAAGAGAUUUCUAUCUGGUGUCGUUCGCGCCAAAAUUUUGCCACCUAUCUCGACUGACGGUAUAAAACAAGAAUCCGCUGAUAUCGAAAAACUCGCUACUGAGUGUCGCAGACAAAUGCUUGAAGUACUCAAGGAAAUCACACCUUCUGAAACUAUGAAGAAGAAGCAAUAA